UACAUAUACAUAUUACCGUUGUCAAUCAUAUAUAUAGUGUACGUGUAUUAUAUAAAACUAUAGCCGCGGGUAAUAAAGACCGUAUGCCAUUGACAAAUUUCUCCUCAGAGUUCCUCAACAAAUUUGACAAAUGUCCAAGCCUUUGGCUGUGUUUACAUAUUCCUUCCGACAAGUAAAUUUUCAAAAGAGGAACAGCAAAAAUAAUCUUCUUGGAGUAAUGAUGGGACCUGUUUAAAUUAUUUAGCGCAUUUGAAUAUCUUAAGAUGUUGUUGCUGAUUUUAUCUACAUUGUUUCUCACAACAACAUACCGUACCAAUGCAGCUUCUGAUGACGUCAUUACAUUUGAUGUCAGAUUGCUGGACGGAGGGGACUUAACUUAUAGCUUCAACCGAUCUGAAUAUGGUGACUGUAUCUUUACAUCUCAACACCAACAAGUCACGUGCAUGGUAAAACGGAAGUACAAAUCUGUAGUGGAUCAAUGGAAAUACAAUCCUUUACAGUUAAAGUACUUGUCCGUUAAUUGUAUGGAACAGACAUAUUAUGCAAAUAAUCGCCAUGCUUGUAUAUGUGUUAACGGAAGUGAUGCUGCGAAUCCUGGGAAAUCUAAACAACAUGAUAAUUUGCAUUACUGCCAUCUAACAACAUUGCCUGAAGGUAUGUUUGCGAAAUUAUCACAGCUUACACUUUUGGAUUUGUCUAGUAAUGCCAUAAAGGAAGUACAAGAAGACACCUUUGCUGGAUUAUUUUCUCUGAAGUACCUGGACAUCAGCCACAAUCCUAUUGGUUCCAUUGCUGUCAAAUUUCUUUGUGAUUUGCAUAUGUUAGAAGUAUUAAAACUGAAAAAUAUAAGUAUGAGCAGCAAAACAUUCCAUAAACGAAUUCUAUACUGUUCUACGUCACUGAAACAACUAAAGUUUAUCGACUUGAGUGACAACCAUAUCGAAAGCAUUCCAAAUCAGCUGUUUGAUAGUAUUCCAAAUGUUCAAACACUUAUUCUUCGUAACAACUGGAUAAACUUUAUUUCCGUAACUGCAUUCUUUGGUGCAAGUAAUCUUAAAUAUUUGGAUUUAUCUAAAAAUCAUCUUCCUGCAAUUCAAAAUUCGUUUUGUAAGUUUAUGUAUCAAGUCAGGUAUAUCAACAUAUCGUCCAAUCGAUUGACACAUCUCGAUAUGGAUGACAUGUCUAAUUGUGAAACAAUGACCGUUUUUGAUACGUCAAUGAACAUGAUACAUGAAAUAAAAGGAACUUUAUCACAACGAUCAGAUUUACAAGUGUUCAACGCUUCAGGAAACAGCAUAAAGACAAUAAGUGAUAGAUUUCUUCUCAAUGCAUCAAAUAUAAACGUCAUUGAUUUGUCUAACAACGAUUUGCACCAGGUAACGGCGGAAAGCUUCAACAGCAUGCCAAGACUGAAAGUUCUUAAACUGAAUGGGAAUAACUUCAAUGACACUGCAGAUUUUCUCCACAUUUUUAACUACAUUUGGAAUCUAGAAUCAUUUAAUAUAAGUUCAAAUGUUAUUAAGAAUAUUGUCAAUGGUACGUUUCAGCUUCUUAACAGUUUGCAGACUUUGGAUAUAUCUAACAAUAGCAUUGCAAAAACGUUUUCCGAUACAUUCAAAGGGAUGCAAUCGCUAAAAGAAUUAUAUCUAGAUCAUAAUAACAUCCGGGAUAUAAAUAGAACAUCUCUUCUGCCGUUGACGUCAUUAGAGAUUAUCGAUUUAUCGCAUAACAUGAUCGACAAUAUCAUAGACAACGUUACGAUGCCAGGAACCUUGACAAAUGUGAAUUUAGAAGAAAACAUUUUAAGUAAAUUUCCGAAAUGUUUCAAUAAAACGAACCUCAAAAGUCUAAAUCUUAGAAGCAAUAUAAUUGCUACAAUGAAAGGAAAUCGUACCAAGGAUUUACAAAGUUUAGAAAGAAUUGAUCUCAGUUUUAAUCAGCUUGACUCGUUCGAUAAUGCAUCCUUUAUAAAUAUGACGUCAUUAUCAGAUUUGAAUCUCUCUUUUAAUAUCAUAUCCGGAUAUUUAUCUGCUGAUGUUUUCCGUGGAACAGAGAAUUUAACUAUAUUGAACCUUAAAAAGAAUUAUAUCAGUAACAUAGAAAAGUUCUUUUCCUUUCAUUGGACGAAAACUAUAACUCAUCUUGAUUUGUCAUUCAACACCAUUCAACAAAUCAAUUCUUUAAUGUCACAUGAGUCCAAUAACCAAUCGGAUCACUUGUUACGGGAAUUGAACUUGGAACAUGGUUACAUCCAGGAUAUUUCCCAGGAUGCUUUUCUAGGAUUUUUGAAUUUACGUCAAGUGAAUUUAAGAAAUAACAUGCUUAGAACAAUUCAACCAUUUAACAUUGCGUAUAAGACAGAAUUUUUGUUACAAAACAAUCCUCUACAAUGUAAUUGUAACAUGAGUUGGUUGUCGGACAGUUAUGUCAUAGUCGGCGAACAUAAAGUGUCAACUUUUGAUUACGAGGUUGGCACGUGCGUUGUUCAACCAAAAAAUAUAGAACUUUCGGUUAGAAAGGUACUGAAAAACGAGUUCAGGUGUAAAGUAGUUAAUGACUGCGAUCGAAUGUGUGAAUGUUUUUCGGAUAACUCCAAAACAAGUGAGAUUGAUUACAUAGAUUGCAACGGUUUGAUUGGCUACAUGCCUGAAAUAUUGUCACGUGACGCCAGAGUCAUUUAUUUGGAUGGCAAUAGAAUACCUAUUUUGAAAUUGCCAGAACACUAUGGUCCUGAUUUCCUUACAACAGAAUUAUAUCUAAACAAGAGUCAGAUCGGGUUCAUAGAAGACAUUUUCUUUUCUGGUUUUGAUAAAUUGGAAACUUUGGAUUUGAGUAAAAAUAAGAUACCGACACUUCCAACAGCCAUUUUUAACAAUUUGUUGAAUCUAAAAAAUCUUUAUUUGUCAGACAAUAACAUACAAACUGUUUCUCCGUUGUGGUUUAAUGGACUUUCUCUUCAGAUACUAAAUUUAAACGGCAACAAGAUACACCAUGUGAGUCAAACAUUUUUGUCCAAAAUAGACGGAAUGCACAGUCUGCGGUACCUACAAUUACAGAACAACCCGUGGCAAUGCGAUUGCAAAAAUAGAAAUUUCAGGAUAUGGCUGAAAACUUCCGGAAAAGUUGUCCGACAUCGGUAUGAUAUCGAUUGUUAUGGCGAUUCCAAACCAUUGUUAUCAGUUCACUUGUCCGAGUUUGUUUGUAAAGUAGAAGAAAGCCAUACAAAGAGACGUGGUAUCAUAACAGCUGUGAUUAUUGCAUUGAUUUGUCUUGUCGUGGUUAUGUCAGCAGCAAUAUACUACAGAAGAGAUUUGAUAGCUGUGCUAUAUGUGAAGCUAGGCAUUGGUUGCUUACGACAUAAAUACGAACUUAACAAACCAUACGAUGCAUAUCUCAUCUAUGACACAAAUGACGCAAAGUGUUCUGAUUGGAUAAAUAAAUCUUUAUUAAUAUUCCUCGAAAAACGAAGAAAUCCUUAUAACAUUGUAACAACAGACAGAAGUAAACUGUCCUCAAGUGUCGCAAACAUUGAAAAUACACAACUUCAAGAAAGCAAGAGUUGCAUAUUUAUCAUAAACAAUACUGUUAUGUCUAACUCUUGGUGCGUAGAAAACUUCCAUAGAGCCUGGAACUAUGCAAGAAAAAAUCCAAAGUUCAAACUAAUAAUAAUUGUGUUCGGUGAUAUAGAAUUAAAUAUGUUAGAACAAGAAAUGAGAGUAAUGCUGUCUCAGGGACAAUAUAUAACAGCCCGAUCAAAAUCGGUUUGGGAAAGACUGAUUUAUGAACUACCCAAUCCAGAGACAGGCUUCCGUUCUGUGCGAGGCGAAGAUGACGUUUCAGAAAAUGACGUCAUUAUCUAUAGUGCGUCCAGUAAUAUUUUAGACGAGUAUGGUAGUGUAUCAAUGCCGUCGCACAAGUUUAUGUAAAUCAUCGUGAUUUUUAAUUGUAUGUACAUGUAUGUUUUAUAUUGUGUUAAUGAAUGAUUAAAAUAUGUUAAAUAACA